GUUGGAGAGGUGGGGUAGGAAGGGGAGGGUUGAGGAAUUUGCAGAGGAACCCUCGCCCCGAGCCCUUGCAAACCUGACAGCGUAUCUCCCUUUCUGGAAAGUGUGUUCGCGCGUUGUGUGUACGGUCCCUGCCAAGUCUAGGAGUUUGCAGACUGUCCCUGACUCGGCCCGUUUCCACGACCCUGCAGCUUUAGCGGCGGCGGCUCGCGGGCUCUGGUUCCAUUCCCAGGUAGCUCGCGAGGCAGGCUCAGCGGUCCUUGCUGCUGCUGCUGCUGCUGCUGCUGCUGCUGCUGCUGCUGCUGCAGCCUGCGGGCGGUGUGACCUCCUGCCUGCCCAACCCCGCAUCCUUGCACACUGGCUCUUAUAAGGGACGACGGGUGAACAGCUCCUCCAGGGGCUGCUUGCUGCUGCUUCUGAGAAGGGAGGCAGCCCGAGAGGUGCUAAAAUGCAGUGAGUGAUCAGAGAGGUAGAGGAGGAGGAGUAAUUAACGCAGCUGGCCAAUCAACAAACAGAGCAUGUCUACAGCACCUGAAGGACUGAGAGUUUGUUGUAUAUUAAACAAGUCUUUGUUUAGUCACUACUAAGAGCUCAGGAUGGAACUGAAGGAAGGAAACCGGCUGACACAGGAGCCCGAGUGAGACUGACUGUCCUUUUUGAGGCCAACACCAUGGAUUUGCAUCUCCCUUUGGUGCUUUGAGAUCCAACCCAAGGAAAGAAGCAGCUCCUUAGGAGCCAUGGCUUUCUUUGCUCCAUGGAAGUUAUCCUCUCAGAAACUAGGGUUUUUCCUGGUGACUUUUGGCUUCAUUUGGGGUAUGAUGCUUCUGCAUUUUACCAUCCAGCAACGAACUCAACAUGAAAGCAGCUCAAUGCUUCGUGAGCAAAUAUUGGACCUCAGCAAAAGGUACAUCAAGGCUCUGGCAGAAGAAAAUAGGAAUGUGGUGGAUGGGCCCUAUGUUGGGGUGAUGACAGCCUAUGAUCUGAAGAAAACUCUUGCUGUCUUAUUGGACAAUAUUUUGCAACGUAUUGGCAAGUUGGAAUCGAAGGUGGACAAUCUUGUAAUCAAUGGCACCGGAGCAAAUUCAACAAAUACCACCACAACUGCUGUUCCCAGCAGCAUAGCAGCAUUUGAGAAAAUUAGUGUAGCAGAUAUCAUUAAUGGAGCUCAAGAAAAAUGUGAAUUGCCUCCUAUGGAUGGCUUCCCACACUGCGAAGGGAAAAUCAAGUGGAUGAAAGAUAUGUGGAGAACAGAUCCCUGCUACGCAAAUUAUGGUGUGGAUGGAUCCACGUGCUCUUUUUUUAUUUACCUCAGUGAGGUUGAAAAUUGGUGUCCUCAUUUACCUUGGAGAGCAAAAAAUCCCUAUGAAGAACCAGAUCAGAAUUCAAUGGCUGAAAUUCGUACGGAUUUUAAUAUACUCUAUGGAAUGAUGAAACGGCAUGAAGAAUUCCGAUGGAUGAUACUAAGGAUCCGACGAAUGGCUGAUGCAUGGAUUGAAGCGAUUAAGUCAUUGGCAGAAAAGCAGAACCUUGAAAAGAGAAAACGGAAAAAAAUUCUCGUUCACCUGGGACUCCUGACCAAGGAAUCUGGCUUCAAGAUUGCAGAGAAUGCGUUUAGUGGAGGCCCACUUGGUGAAUUAGUUCAGUGGAGUGAUUUAAUUACAUCUCUCUACUUACUGGGCCAUGACAUUAGGAUUUCAGCUUCACUGGCUGAGCUCAAGGAGAUAAUGAAGAGGGUUGUAGGUAAUAGAUCCGGCUGCCCAACUGUAGGCGAUAGGAUUGUGGAACUCAUUUAUAUUGAUAUCGUGGGACUUGCUCAAUUUAAGAAAACUCUUGGCCCUUCCUGGGUUCAUUACCAGUGCAUGCUCCGAGUACUGGAUUCAUUUGGUACUGAACCAGAAUUUAAUCAUGCUAAUUAUGCCCAGUCUAAAGGUCACAAGACCCCAUGGGGAAAAUGGAACCUUAAUCCUCAACAAUUUUAUACAAUGUUCCCCCACACACCAGACAACAGCUUUCUGGGAUUUGUGGUAGAACAGCACCUGAAUUCAAGUGAUAUCAAGCACAUUAAUGAAAUCAAAAGACAAAAUCAGUCCCUUGUGUAUGGCAAAGUUGAUAGCUUCUGGAAGAAUAAGAAGGAGUACUUGGACAUGAUUCACACAUACAUGGAAGUACAUGCAACUGUCUAUGGGUCUAGCACUAACCACAUGCCCAGCUAUGUGAAGAAUCAUGGAAUCCUCAGUGGACGAGAUUUACAGUUUCUUCUCAGAGAAACCAAGUUGUUUGUCGGACUGGGGUUCCCAUACGAGGGUCCAGCUCCCCUUGAGGCUAUCGCUAAUGGAUGUGCAUUCCUGAAUGUCAAAUUUAACCCACCAAAAAGCAGCAAAAACACGGACUUUUUUAUAGGCAAACCAACCCUGAGAGAGCUAACUUCUCAGCAUCCUUAUGCUGAAGUUUUCAUUGGGCGACCACAUGUCUGGACCGUCAACCCAACUGAUCAUCGUGAAGUAGAGAAUGCAGUGAAAGCAAUUUUAAAUCAAAAGAUUGAACCUUACAUGCCAUACGAGUUUACAUGUGAAGGCAUGCUUCAGAGGAUGAAUGCAUUUAUUGAGAAACAGGAUUUCUGUCAUGGACAAGUUAUGUGGCCACCACUUAGUGCUCUGCAGGUGAAGCUCUCCGAACCUGGGAAAUCAUGCAAACAAGUCUGCCAAGAAAACCAACUCAUCUGUGAGCCAUCUUUCUUCCAACACCUCAACAAGGACAAGGAUGUGCUAAAGUACGACGUGGUAUGCCACACCACAGAACUGGCCAGUGACAUCCUGGUGCCCUCAUAUGAUGACAAGAGAAAACAUUGUGUGUUUCAAGGUGAUCUUUUGCUGUUCAGCUGCGCAGGAGCCCACCCCAAGCACAAGAGGAUAUGCCCUUGCAGGGACUAUAUCAAGGGCCAAGUAGCUCUCUGUCAAGACUGCCUAUAGCAGCAGAAGUCCCAGGCCCCGACUGAUUCAACUGGGAAGGAGCAUAGCUGGGGUCAGGGAGGGACGACAGGAUAGUCUAAGGACUGACCUGGCUACCAGAACUCUUUGGUCUUUUAGUUUAGAUGUUGGUUUUGCUACAGGUGGAGUUAAAACAACAAAAUGGAGUUCUAAAUGACAACAAAACAGAGAGAAGACAGUGCAUUGGACUGACUUCCUCGUGGUCAGGAUUUUUAAAAAAAUCUUCAUGGAGCAACUGUGGUGAGACUCUUCUAAAACCAUCCAGCUGCUCGUGGGUAAAAAUAAAUGAAGUUCCAUGCUUCAUUUAAAAAAAAAAGUUAAGAUGAUCAUGAAGAAUCUUGUGUGGGAAAAAUUCCUAAAUCCAUUAACUUAUUUAUUUGUGGGAGGGUUAGGGAGGGUUAGGGAAGGAAGGGAAUGAAUAAUGCAUUUUUUCCCUUCUACCGUCCAUCUUCUACUUUCACUAAAUAGCCUUCCAGUAUAGUCUAGGAUGGCGGAGGAAGGGAAGGAAGUGCCCAGAUUUGAUGUACAGCUAUAGUCAGGAAAUUAGGUUGAGGGGAGCACUGAGGAGGUUCCCAAAGAGUAGCAAAUCACAGAACAGACACAAAUCUUCGCUGUUUAAAACCAAAUGGCACACCCCAAGGCAUCAGUCAGUUUACCUGGAUGUCUCCUCAGCAAAGGUGAGAGAGAUGGCUCAGGCAACUGAGAAAAGGAUCAGUUUUAUGAUUAGGGACAGCAAUGCUUGGGGAGUGCCCCAAGAACCUAGCGCCCAAACCCAUCCAUCCAGUGGUGCACUUUUGUAAGAGAAAAGAGCUCUCUUCCCCUUCUGCUCCAGUAAUCUCUAUAAAACAAGGAGUCAAUGUUGUAUCAAUAAUAUUCAUGUUAGCUUGCCAGUUUGCAGUACUUUCCCUUCCCCUAAAGGUUACAGCAUAGAGUGGGAGGUGAGAAGGAAAAUAGAAAAGAUGAAACAUCCACCCUAAGACUUAAUGACCUACUAGCCUUUGGCUUUGAGGGAAGUAGUUGAUGUGAAACCAUAUGCACAGGAGUGAUGUUAAGACACUGGGAAAGAAUCUGCUCCCUCCUCCCUAACCAGAACACAUUCUAAAGGUUUCGGGUUGGGUGAUGUUUUUUCCUUAGGGUAUAGUAUUACAGAGGGCAGGGAGGGAAAAGAGACAAAACAGGCUUCUUUGGCAGAAUAAAUGACUGUAAAUUAUUCCACCUGAAUCUUCACAUUUGGGGGUUCUCAAGUGGCAGCAUUUUCUUUUAAUUUUGUGAGUCAAGCAAAGGUCUUUGUGGAUGCUUGUCGAAAAGCCAAGAGGAAAGGGUCAACAACUAGAAUAGAGAUAACUUUGCCUGUAAGGACCCAGGAGUGCUUUACCUCCUUUAGCCGUCGGGUUCCUCUCACUCAAUAAUUCAGUGGGCUCAGCCCCCACUGUUGGCUGUUUUGAUUAGCUGAUCAGUUUCCUAAAAAGUCACUACUAUAUUUGAAUGGGGGUUGGGAAGGGAUGGUGGUCCUUUGUUCUCUCCUUAUGUGAAUUAACUUCUGGUCCCACAAAGUUCUGUGGAUUUCCAUAUGGCCAGCUGACAGGUUUGGGGGGACCAAAGUCAGGAAGGUUGCUGUUGACUUUGUGUCUCCUGAUAGGAAAAUGAUAGAAUUGAAAUGUAUUCUAUCAAAGGAAAACGGACCCUGAGAAUAUCUCUCAUAAGAUGUUCCUUCCCUGUCUCUCAUCCCCCACUGCGAUUCUAAGAAUUUGAAGCAAGCAAGUAGGAAGAAACAGAUGGGACUAUCCUUGCUGCUCAGAUUUGAGAAAUGCUCAGGUCACCCUGGGAGCACUUGGCUUCUAUACAGUUGAUGCCCGCAGCUGUGGUUUGUAGAAUUGGUAGAGACAAGAAAGGGAAGGAGCCCUUGCUAAUGAGCCUUUGUGUCUAGAAAGUUUGAUUUCUCUCUGCCUUUGUGACCCUAUUCCUUCUCCUCAGUUGUACCUAACGUAUGGCCUCAGCUCUGCAUGGGCUGCCAAAGACCCAGAGCUAGACUUUGAAUUGAUUUCUUCUCUGUCCCUGCUCCACAAACCCUAACCUCACCAGCCCUGGUCACUCAUGGGCAGUAAUGUUGCAGGUUUAGUCACAGGAGAGAGAUCCCUGUCAUAAGCCUUUAAUGCAAGAGUGUCUCAACUUAAUUUGUGACACUAGACUUUGCUUAGGAUGCUGCUUCUCUGGACCUCAUGCUGAGGGCUAUACCAAGUCCAAGAGGGAUCUUGUUUAAACCCCUGGCAGGUAGGGUAUGUAUGCAGGCACACCCCUGCUCCCUUUCCUAGUGACAUUUCAGGCACCCAUACCCUACAUUGGGAACGUGGAGAAGGGCAGCAUUGUACUAGCAACAUGCUGCCUGCACUUUCUGGAGAGUCAAAAGGAAGCCAGCUGUUUUCCUAUCCCCAUUGACAAGCUGACACUGACAUCUUGUGAGCGCUAAGUUCUAGAAGCCGGUGAGCCAGCACUGCUGCUCUGAGGCCAGCAGAGGGAGCCCCUGGCUUCUCAGCUCUUGCCAGCAAACAAAGGCUGGCUCUCUGUGCACUCUGCCAGUUCCCCCCAUGUUGGAGGAGAGAGCUAUUGGAAACCGACAAAGAGAGGCCUUCUCUCUGAAAGCAGAACCCAGCCUGCUUCCUUUGCCACUCCCCUUUCUGGGUUCAAGGAUGAAGCUGGUCACUAGGACAGAAUUGCAUCUUCCUCCAAUAUAGCCUGCCUGUCAGACAUCCAAGAGAAGCCACUGCUGCUUUGAAAAUUCUGAGAUUAAAUAGUUUAAGUUCCCUUUCUCCUCCCCCCCCCCUUUUUCCAUUAUUCCCAAUCACACACUGGAUAUAGGCCGAAGAGGAGAUUUCUUGGCUUUUCUUUUGGUUACCCUGCAGUGUGUUAUAAUGAAGAAUACUAGUCUUAGAAUCAGAAGAGUUCCAGGUUGGAGUCCCGGCUCCGACAUUUAUUGCUUUAUGACCUUGGGAAAAUCACUUAAACCUCUCUGUACAAUUGGCAUCACAAUACUUGAACUACCCACCUCACAGUGUUGUUGUGAGGACUAGCUUUGUGAACCUCACGGUAUCACAGCCAAUCCGGUGGUUGCCCAGGGCACAUUUCCCCAACCCCAGGGAUGAGAGUUGGACCUAUGCCUUCAUCAGGCCCAAGGUCAAAAGGCACAACUGGAAUCAGCUGAGUUUCAAGAGCAUUAAUAUCAAGUCAAUUGGCUAUUGAAACAGAUGGAUAACAACUUUCUAUUAUUUCCCUCCCCCUCCCAUCCUCCCUUUAUGGGAAGAGCAAAAGGACUAACAUGUCAUAAAUUAUAGGUCAAACCUUCAGGAGGGAGAUUCAGGUGGGCCCUGGUCACAUAGGCUCUCGUUGUUUUGGUCAGGGAGUUUUCAUAUCCCUGCCCCUAACUUUAGUGCCAAUUACAGGCCUGGAUGGAACCCUAAGCAAAUUUGUAGUCAUUGACAAUGUGUGUCAUUGGGGGAGGGGGGAGGGGGGGAUGCAAACCCCUAAGCAUAACCAAUGUUAUCCUAAGCUGUAAGCAUAGCUCUCCUAGACUUUCCUUUCUGUUCUUGUACCUUUUUGUUCCAAGUGAUUUCUGAUUUUUUUUUAUUGUGAUCCUAAGAUCUUAGAAAAUUUAAGAAAAAAAUUAACAUAAUUUAUUAAAGAUGGUUAACAGAAAAAGCUUACCUUUGAAAGGUAAAGUGGAGAAAUAGACACUGUUUUUAAAUGCCAAUAAAAACCUCAUUUAUUUCAUAUAUGCAACUUGAUUUGCACAUUUAUGAAGAGGCUUUCUGCAUUUUGACUUAGGUUUUUUGUUGCUGCUGCUGCCGCCCAUACCUUGUUCCUUUCUUGAACAUGGCCUCGUGCUUAGAAACGUCAGAUUCUGUUUCCUAGGCUAUAUUUAUUGUUUAAAUCAUGUGCCUUUUCAGUUUUCUUUGGGGUUAUAUGUUGGGAGCCAGGUGCUGUUUGAAGGAGUAUAACAGAACGCCAGUUCUGCUCCAUGAGUCUACCUUGUUCUCAGUGUAGAUGUGUGUAGUGUGUGUUCUUCAAAAUGCCCUUUCUGUCCCCACAAAUGAACAAAACAGGCAAAAAUAACAUGGGGAAAAUUGAUUCUCAUGAUUCCUUGCAAAGGUAUACUCUCUGUGGCCUCCCCUCAGUCAAACAUCCUCAUCAAGAGAGCACUGAGUGAGAAAGUAGAGUCUACAUCCAAUUCUCAGUCUCUUGGUGGGAGGGACACACAUGGGGUCCUCACCCAGCCCUACAGGGAAUCAAAGAAGGACCUUUAUAAAAUGGCUAUCAUGGCUGGAUUAGCAUUAAAAGAAGAGCCUCAACUCUACUAAGAUUUUCCAAGUUUGGCUCUAGGAUAUUAGCUUGUUGCCCACAUAAGAGGAAAGAGGAGAAUUACUUUUUUGGGGGGGGGGGCAUAUUUUUAAAGUAUUUGCAAAACCUAAGGAGAGACUGAUUCUUUUUUUUUUUUUUUGAAACUGGAAGUGGAGAUUUUGUCAACACUUCAAUGAGUCCCAGAUCAAGUUUAGGAGAGUAGUAAAGAGUUAAGGGUCUAACUGAAAAUGUUUACAAUUAUAUGCUCUUUAGAAAACACCAGUUCAAGUCAUUCUCCUGAGAACAGCUAUUUCCAAAGGCCUAGCUGGUUUUCCUCAACAUUUUACCCUCUCUUACAAUAUGAGGUUGUGUCUAAACCUGGGAGAGAAACUCUUUUGCUUUCCCCAUAAAUAAAGGGGUUUGUUUAAUGAAAAAUUCUCAAUUCUUAGAAAAGUGUUUAUUUUAUUAACGACAGGCUCCACUGUGUGUGUUUCUGUCCUAAGCCUGGAUUAUUUUAUUUAUUAAUUAAAAGCUUAUUUAAAUUCAUUUAACAACUUUCUUCAAGCCCCAUCCUUACCUGGCUGUAAAGCAUUUUCAUUGGAAGAGACAGGCAAAUGGGAAUAGAUUCACAUGUAAUUUAAGAAGAUCUCAACUUCCCAUGGCUGAAGUAAACUGUCUUUCAUUCUUGUUGGCACCAAGGGAAAUGGAAAACCAGGUUUUUAAUGGCCAAAAAGCCAUGGUCUCUGUGUGGUUCAUUCCAAAAGGCUAUAUAGGACCAACUGAUUCCUUAACAGUUCAGGCCCUUCCAUAAUAUUAAAUAUAGUAAAGGUAAAUGCACUCCAUAUAUGUUGAUCUCAAAGUGUCUAAAUGAAAAUACUAUUUUUGACUGACCUAGUAGGGAUUAUCCAUCUUGACUACCCUGAGUACUUCACCUUGUUAAUCUAAAUUCUAACUCAUGGGUUUCUAAUACUUUGUGACCUGAAACAGAUUGGUACACUUGAAAUAUGUAGCAUAUUAGCCCUAAAUGAAACAAGAAUUUAGGGAUGGGUCUCUCUUGCUAACAACUGGACCCUCGUUCAUAAGUAUCUUCAGAACCAUUCAUACAGAUUUUCUAUUUAAUCUUUAAAGUGUCCUCUGCCUUGUAGAAGUUGUAUGUUGAAUGAAAAGCACCUUUCCAAUCAAUGUUGAUUUAGUUUUCCCCUCUGAAUUUCAAAUAAAUGAGACUUUAUUAUAUUUCAGAUACUCAAUAUAGAGAUGAUCUCUUUCUCUCUGCUUUCUAGGGUACCCCACUGCCCCCUGCUGGAUGGGGGGAUCCAUAAAUACCCAGUGUGAGCAGUCAUAUUAUCACCAUAAUUGGGUUCUUAGUUGUUUGUCAUCUUGUGGUCUUUGCACCAAACUUAAAGAAACAAAGUUUUGUUUGUAGUUGAUCGAGUCCCAAGGAGAUGGAAUUCUGAAAGUUGCCCUCAAAGCUGAUAGGAACAUAAUGUUGGAUGUUACCUCUCCAAAGUAUAAUUCCCAAAGAGGUCAAGAACUGGACAAGGUUAUUAACAUUCUUUUUAAAUAAAAUCAGUUGUUACUGAAAUGACAGUUAAUGUGUAUCCUUCCUGGUUUCUAGACUUUUCCUUACCUGAUAAAUCUGCCUGCUAAUUCCCUUGAAGGACUGUCAUAGAUUUAAAAAGCUAUUUCUGUUCUAUGCCCCACCUCAUAUGAUUAUAAUUAAAAGAUAUAGGAACACCAACUAAUCCCUUGAUAGGAAAACCUGGACUGCAUCUUCAACUGAAUGGACAUUUUGGUACUUUUCUCCCAUUUUGUGGAUAUAAAAAAGGAAGAUGGAAUGAAAUGUAUUUUAUCGCCACCCACCUCCAUCCCAAUUACUUGAACUACUGCAGUCAGGGAAAUGGACCUCAACCCACUGGAUGGGGAGUUGUAGGCAAGUGAAUAAUCUAUAGGGACCAAAGUGGGAGCCACAUUUUUAGAAGGAUUUCAUUAAAUUGAUACUAAUAUUGCCAACUUUACCUUUGUAAAUGGUGCUUUUAGAGGAAUUGGGGGAGAGGAGAAAGAUACAGAAGCCAAAAAUGUUAUGAGCAGGGGCUUGUGACUGAGGCACAAUGUAGGGGCCUCAGGCUAAAGGGGGUCUAGCUAGGUGAAAUUCUGCCAUCCAUCUCCAUGUACCUCAGAAUCAAUUUAUAUCAGUCAUAGGUAGCAAACUACAGGAUGGCUGAAAUCCAUGAAAUCUGGGGGUUUGUUUUUGUUUUUAACCAGUCUGCCCAGUUAUUAAGAGCAAUGGGUUUGUGAAAGGUAAAUCUGAUGCCAAAGGAUGUAACAUCCCUUCUGCUAUCAUUUGAAUUCAUGACCUUGAUACUUUUAAGCUUAGUUUAAAUAUGCAGACUGGUGUGUUCCACUAUACUCUUCAAGCAGCUCACAGCUCACCAAAUACUGGUUACAACUAUUUCCUAUUGUUCAGUUCCUGAGGUUUCAUAGUCCGGGAUUCUAAAAAUAAGGUGUAAAUGUCUGAAUGUACCUUACUGGCAUAGAAAGCGAUGCUUGUUUUUCACUGUUGUAGAGAAAACUAGGGAGAACUUUAUUUUUCAAUAAACUUUUUUCUUGUGUGA